CACUCAGGGUGGGGAGAAAACAGCUGUGAUCACAGUCGAGACGCUGGUGUCAGCUGCUUACAGCAAGGUCUGCCUCAAAUCCUUGAAGUUGGCUGCUACCAAGAUAAAUCUGAUGAUCGAGCCUUGAACAAGCUUUACGCCAACCUCAGAUCACAAAUCGAUUGGUGGAACAUGCGAUCGAUGGUCACUAAGUGUGCGGAGCGUGCUUUCGUGCGAGGUUACAAAUAUUUUGGGCUACAGUUUUACGGGGAGUGCUGGGGUGAUGACAGACUCCGACCGAGCUAUGAUAAACAUGGCCCUGGAAAGGGAUGCACAGACAGUGAGUUAGGAUCAGGGAGGCCAGGGGGGUGCUCAGCCCAGAGGUCUAAGCCUUUCACCCUUUUGUACAUAUACCAGUUUUGACAGAAAAGGUCCCCCUUUCCUAUACCUUCUAUUGUCAAAUGCUACUCCUUCCUCAUACCUACUUUAGAACUCUGUAUCCCUUUAAACUACUGUAAAUGUCUUUAAAAUAUCAACAAACCACAAAAACCUUCAGUUUUUUCAAUUUUUUGACAGACAGAAAGUGCAGCUGUGGGCUUUUUUACAGACUAAAUAGCGGAUUUCCCUUAUUUUUCAUAAACCUAAUCUGGUGAAAUCCCCUUCCUUUCAUAAACCUGAAGUCUGAAAGCGGUUCCCCUUUCGGGCGGAACCUUCCCAUAUAAACCAUUAUAGGGGAUAAACCUGGGGUAAGUAUACAGAUCACGUACUGCACCCUCAUAAGUAGAUUUUGAUUCCUCGUCAAACCGCAUUAAAAGAAAAUUUGGAGCACCUAUCGCGCCAAAAGCCAUCGAUUUCUUUACGUUAUCGUAGGUGUUGGGGAUGAGGUUCACAGCUAUGCUUACCGAUUUGCACCGUGGCGUGACCUCGGUUGCUGGCGUGACGUGGGUGAUGGACACACCAUGAAGCUAUUGGCCAAUUUCCGACCCAAAAUUGAUUGGUAUCACUUGGAGAAGAUUGGUAAGUAGCAGCAGGCGGCCGAAACACGUACGCACGAUCUUUUUUUCUGACAUAAAAGACAUUUCAAAUCCCACAAAUUGCCACUUAUCCUUCACAUUGUCCUUUAAUAUAGGAAUCUUGCGAUCUAAACGGCGUCACCAAUUAAGUCGUUGGUAAAAAAUAGUGUUCACGUCCUUUCCAAGUCACCCAGUUUCUUAAAAGUAGGGAAAAUAGGUUGGAGCUGAAGGUGAAAGGACCUUAAAGUCCUUUAUUCUGAGAUGACAUGUAACUUCUCAUUGUGCUGAAAAUGAAACAAACUAGACUCCUAACUUUUAUAUGCAAUCGUUUAUUUCAUAUUUGACACUUAUUACCCAAACGAAUGACUGAGCAAAAUUUUGCAAUAUAAUUAUUAAAAAACGCUCAAUAUUUCCUUAUUUAGUUCAAAUGUGCUACGAAGCUGCCAAAAAAGCCAAUAAGAAGUUCUUUGCCAUUCAGUUUUAUGGAGAGUGUUGGGUAUCUGAUACAGAAUCUUACAAAUUGUAUGGUCCGUCCACAAACUGUUGGAAUGGAGUCGGCAGAGUGUACAACAAUUAUGUGUACGAAGUGCUUUGGUGA